AGAAAAGGCAAAGCAAGGAGGCGUUCACCGCCGCCAUCUCCUCCGAGCUCUGAAGCGCCUCUCACUCUCGCAGAAGCCCUCGAGAAAGAGUUUGGGCCGCCGAAGGUGGCGGUAAUCAAGCCGCCACCUGCCCAAACCAAGGUGCUUCCCGCCCCCAAGCGUAUCGUCAAACAGUCAAGCCCUCAAACUUCAAUCGCUGACCACACUUGCGCGAGAGGUUCGGACGCGUUGGAUCUGACGACGCUACACUCCACUAGUACGAAUCACUCGCCCGUGAAGGACAUCUCUUCAACCGAAGCCGGAGGCAAGUUAAAGGCUCCCGCCCCUCCGAUCGUUGCAACCGCUCUUAACGCAUCUUGCACCUCUUCCACCAUCCCCGUUAAGCCUAGUCUGAUGCGCCCGGUUGCUGUGCGCCCCAGCAACGUGCAGCUACUGGAAACCCUCGCCGCCGGUCAUGGGUUGCCGGACUCUAACCUCAAGCCAGCUCAUCCACAUGGUGUACGCAGGGUUCUCUCCUCCCCGACAGAUGUAUUUCGUAUCAAGCAAGCAGACGCUCUACCUCCUAGUGAAGAUGUGGAGACCGUCCUUCUCAUGCGACGUGAUCCACACAACCGCCGACAACUGGAGGUGAGCGCUGCCUCGAGUGGACCUCCACCUUUCGACCGCCACGGCACUUCUCCCUUCGAGCAAGCCGUCCAGCCAGACGACGGGUGCCGACCAAUUCGCUCGAGCUACCAGCCGUGUCAUGACAAACAUGAUGUCAAAGGCUCUCAUCGUUACAGCGCACGCGAGCUAGACCGCCACCGAAGCUAUGAUGUGGCUCCUACCCAACCGCAUCAGGCUUGGCGCUCGGGUCCCCAGCGCAAUAAUCUCGACUACUCGGACUUCGGGUUGCAGUCGCCCCCCGGCAACAAGGUGUACCACCGCCAAUGGAAUCCGAGCCCGGAGAGAAGAAUCAGCGGCGUCUCUUAUAGGCGGACUCUAGACGGCCAUUACCGCUCUCAGUCGCCGGGGGACACUCACAAUGGCUGCGGAGGGGAUGUGUACAGUGGCCUGAGUACAGCCCCUGCGAUGGAGCCUCGCGAGUCGCCGUUCAGCGACACAGGUGCAAUACUUGACAACGUCGGAGGGACAGCACUCACCAGUCUGCCUUUCAGCCCUAGCCGCGCGUACGGCACCCCCCUCAAGCCGUCAGCUUAUCACCCACCUCCGAACCUGAGUCCUCCUUCUAUCGCCAACCGCCGCUCUCCGUUCACCCUACCCAUCUCAAAUAACCGGAGUAGGCGACAUCCACCUCUAACUGGCCCGUGGCACAAAGUUCUUGGCUCUCCCAGCCCCCCCGCUGUGGCUGAGGAGUGGUCAACACUUCCUAAGCGUCCCCAUCGCAUGACGCUCCACCCGGAUGCCUCGCAUCCUAAGAGAUCCAAAUUCCGCUUGCCUAUCAACCUCCUGUCAGGUCGUAAGAUGCCCCAGGGUCGCUCCCAAUCGCCUUCGCCGUCGAAUGGAUUGUACUCUGGCGCGGUAACGAUCACAAAGUGGUCGCCCAGCGCGCUGUCUCAGCCUCCGGAGAGGAGUGUUCCCCAGUGUCGUUAUGUGCCUCCCGGCAUGCGUGCGCUGGAGAUGGGAUCCAGCCGCGAGCCACCCCGCGACCAUCAGCUUCCCCGUGCAGUGAACACGUCCUACAUCACCCCGCGGUCGAGUCGUGUCCACCCUGACUCGUAUGCGCCCUCUGAUCAUCCUCAUCUGGACUUAAAUCGAGUGCAGUCUCGCACAACGGCUGCGUACCCGACACCGCGUUCCAUCAUGCCAAGCCCAGCGAGUGAGGCGGGAGAGGAGCGCGACAAGGACGACGAUUGGGCCAUGGCGUGGCGUUUGAGCGCAAACGGGAGAGGUGCGAUAAGGCCUUCGCGCUGAGAGAACGGCCAGUGAAGGAGAGGAGUUCCACCUGCGCACGUAGGCAUGGUGAUCUAUCUGAGAUGUGUAGUAUUUAGUAACUGGACGCCAUGAGAUGUGUGCG